UACAUAAUAUAAAAGCACCAACAUAUCAGUCAAUUUACUGUUUUUUUGUUUAUAAUUUAAACGUGAUAUAUAUUAAUUAAAAUGGUUGCAAAAAGAAUAAACCUAAUUGUGCUAUCUAUAUUUUUAAUUUUACAAUCUUCAUAUGGUGAUGAUUAUACCAAAGAAUACCCUAAUGAUACCGAAGAUGUCCAAGGUCCUCCAGAAGUCACCUUGACUACGCCUAGGCGAGUACUAGUCCAUCUAGGCCAGAAUCUUAAUAUCAACUGCAGCGCGACUGGCGCUCAACCUAUGGAAAUCGGAUGGAAAGCUUGGAAACGUGACAUGCCUAGUUCAGUUUACACCAAUAAAGGAUACAUUAAGUUCAACAAUAUCCAAUCCGAACAUGCCGGUGUAUAUUGGUGCAUGGCUACCAAUCCAGCUGGUACCGGAGGUGCUAUAGCUGAGGUCAUCAUAGAAGAUAACUAAUUGUCCUCAAAAAGUAAAUGUGUAUAAUAUACAAUAAAAUAUAAAUUUACCUACAUCUGUAUCUAUAAAAGACCGACCGAAAAUGCAAUAUUUUAUUCGUUACCUAUGUAUGUAUAUUUUAAAAAUGCCUUUUUAAUAACAGAAGAUAAUAAAAAAUAGUAUGAGUAUAUGAACUUAA